ACCAGCAUUACAAAAAAAAAGGAUAAAAAAGAGGGAGGCACAGUCUUUCACUCUCUCCCCAACACACAAAAAUGGACUCUUUCUCUCUCGUUUGCACCGGAGCUCUCUUGGCCGUCGGCCUCUAUUGGUUCGUCUGCAUUCUCGGCCCAGCCGAGGUUAAAGGCAAACGCGCCGUCGAUCUCUCCGGAGGCUCCAUCUCCGCUGAAAAGGUCCGGGACAACUACAAACAGUACUGGUCAUUCUUUCGCCGCCCCAAAGAGAUCGAAACCGCCGAGAGAGUCCCCGAUUUUGUCAACACUUUUUACAAUUUAGUAACAGAUAUUUACGAGUGGGGAUGGGGUCAGUCCUUCCACUUCUCUCCCUCUGUCUCCGGUAAGUCCCACCGCGAUGCCACGCGCCUCCAUGAAGAGAUGGCCGUCGAUCUCAUCGGAGUAAAGCCUGGAGACCGAAUCCUGGACGUCGGAUGCGGCGUUGGGGGUCCUAUGAGGGCCAUCGCAGCACAUUCACGCGCUAAUGUGGUCGGCAUCACCAUCAACGAGUACCAAGUAAACCGUGCGCGGUUACACAACAAGAAAGCCGGUCUAGAUUCGCUCUGUGAGGUGGUGUGUGGAAAUUUCCUACAGAUGCCAUUCCCGGAAAACAGCUUCGACGGCGCGUACUCAAUAGAGGCAACAUGUCACGCGCCGAAGCUAGAAGAAGUAUACGCGGAGAUCUUCAGAGUCCUCAAGCCUGGAUCUCUCUACGUGUCAUACGAAUGGGUGACAACUGACAAAUACGAAGGCAGUGAUCCAGAACACGUGGAGGUCAUUCAAGGCAUUGAAAGAGGAGACGCAUUACCUGGACUGAGAAGCCACCUGGACAUAGCAGAGACGGCCAAGAAAGUAGGGUUCGAGGUGGUUAAAGAGAAAGAUUUGGCUAAACCGCCGGCUCAACCAUGGUGGACUCGUCUCAAGAUGGGUAGGUUCGCGUACUGGAGGAACCACGUUCUGGUCACUGUGUUGUCCUUUUUAGGGAUUGCUCCCAAAGGAACCGUAGAUGUUCAUGAGAUGCUGUUCGUAACAGCUGAUUAUCUGACUCGAGGCGGUGAAACCGGAAUUUUCACUCCGAUGCAUAUGAUUCUCUGCAGAAAACCUGAGAUUCAAGCUUCAGAUUCUUAAUUGCAACGACAAAACUAAAUUAUAAAAGUCUGAGGUAAUGUCUGGUAUUUAAUUUAUGCUGCAGAAACUCUGGUGUUUUCUUUUCUUCCUGUUCUUUAUUUUUAGUAGGUAAAUCAUGAUUUUUGUUAUCAUCUUUUGUAUUUUUGUUCUUGAAUUUUAUUUUAAUUUCGUUUCUGGAGAA